UUCCGCCACGACCACAAGUCUUUCUCUCUCACACUCAGCCGUGUCCACUCUCAGCCACCGAACCGCCACCACUGCUUCACGAAGUCUCGGACAACCGUUUACCGGGGAAGACCACACCAACCUUCCACCACCACACGGUAUCAGUAACAUCUUCUUCUCUUUGGCAACUUCACCACUAUGCCGGGUUGUAUUGGAGCUGCUUCAGUUACAGGUUCCCUUCAACAACCUGUUUGGGGCAAAGGAGCAGCUUUUUCCCAAAAGGGUUUUUCUGUCAAUGAAUUCCCACAACAAAUAAAGUUCAACUCUUUGAAACCUUGCAGACUUUCCCAUGUUGAAGGAAUCUUGGUUACAGGGAGACCCUCCUCAUCCUCCUCAGUCUCUGUUACUGCUCCUGAUAUUACCGAUGAUGGAAGCAGCUUUAUUGACUAUAGCCUAAGUGAGGCUGAUCCUGAGGUGCGUGAAAUUGUUGACAAGGAAAAACAGCGUCAGUUCAAAAGCCUUGAGCUUAUUGCUUCGGAGAACUUUACUUACAGGGCAGUUAUGGAGACAGUCGGGUCUUGUCUUACAAACAAGUACUCUGAAGGGCUACCUGGGAAAAGAUACUAUGGGGGCAAUGAGUUUAUCGAUGAGCUUGAGAUUCUUUGCCAAAAGAGGGCUUUAGAUGCUUUUCACUUGGAUGCAAACAAGUGGGGUGUUAAUGUUCAACCCUUGUCUGGUUCUCCUGCUAAUUUUGAGGUUUACACUGCAAUCCUUAGCCCUCAUGAUCGAAUCAUGGGAUUGGACUUGCCUCAUGGAGGGCACUUAUCACAUGGAUUCAUGACACCUAAACGACGAGUUUCAGGAACAUCAAUUUAUUUUGAGUCCAUGCCUUAUAGACUUGAUGAAGUAACAGGGAUUGUUGAUUAUGAUAUGCUUGAGAAAACAGCAACUCUCUUUAGACCGAAACUCAUUAUUGCUGGUGCCAGUGCUUAUCCUCGAGAUUUUGACUAUCCUCGGAUGAGGAAGAUCGCUGACUCGGUUGGUGCAUUCCUCAUGAUGGAUAUGGCUCACAUAAGUGGACUUGUAGCAGCUUCUGUUGUUGCAGAUCCUUUUGAAUACUGUGACAUUGUGACUACAACAACACACAAGUCUUUGAGAGGCCCAAGAGGUGGCAUGAUUUUCUUUAGGAAGGAACCCAUUCUAGGGCUUGAUUUAGAAUCUGCAAUCAACAAUGCUGUAUUUCCAGGUCUACAGGGUGGUCCUCAUAACCACACUAUUGGGGGGCUGGCAGUGUGCCUGAAAUAUGCACAAUCACCAGCCUUUAAGGCUUACCAAAAGAAUGUGGUCUCUAAUUGUAGAGCUCUUGCGAGUCGAUUGACAGAAUUGGGGUACAAACUUGUUUCUGGUGGAAGCGAUAACCAUUUAGUUCUUGUUGAUCUUAGGCCUUUGGGAAUGGAUGGAGCUCGUGUGGAGAAAAUUUUGGACAUGGCAUCUAUCACUCUCAACAAGAACUCAGUACCCGGCGAUAAGAGCGCACUGGUACCAGGCGGCAUUCGAAUUGGAUCGCCUGCAAUGACAACAAGAGGAUUCAGGGAGAAAGACUUUGUGGCGAUUGCAGACUUCAUUCAUGAGGGUGUGGAGAUAACCCGCGAUGCUAAAAAAUUAGCUUCAGGUACAAAGCUUCAAGAUUUUAUGAAGUUUGUUACUUCACCAGAUUUCCCUUUAUUGGAUAGAGUGUUAGAUCUGCAAACAAGAGUUGAAGCUCUUACAACCAAAUUCCCCAUUCCUGGAGUCUGAGGUAUGUUACCACAUAUCAUAGAUCUCCGAAGUUAGAGUUCAAAAGAAAUUGUCUGCAUGAAUAAUUAAGUCAUCAGAUGCAAGCAUGGUGACAGAUUUUGGGACACCAGGGGGAGUGAGUGAUCAAGAUAAUUUAUUCAAUGUGGAUGAGGAAUGCCUCAUCUCUACACAUGAUUUUGUAUACAAACAUUUAUGGAUAUUUUUUUUUCUUAGAAGCUGAUUCUGAUAGGUCACCUCGUUGUAUUUUUGGUGACACUGAUUGGUUGUGGAAGAACAACUUUUUUUGCAUUUUACUUUGGGAGAAUACUACGUAACUUGACCCUCUUUUUUAUA